AUGUCCAAAAAGUCUCAAAUGAUUGAUAACUCUGCAAUAGGAGGAUCAUCAUCGGGAAGAAUGGUACCACUGGGAAAUGCAAAUCCUAACACUAAUCGGACAUCACCAUUCGAACAAGCUUAUAUGCAACAAGGAGGAUAUUCCGUACCACAAAACCAACAAUAUGCUUCCCCUUUCGUACAACAACAACAACAAUUUGGAUAUCAUCCAACAAGUUUUUAUGUAGCCCCAGGAAGUACUGGUAGUUCUCAUGGAGUUGUAACAUCUAGGAAUCCUUCUGAUAACAUUCAAUAUCAAUCAACUAAUCAAAAUGCCUUGAUGAUAUUUAAUACAAUGGUACAACAAUUUACUCAAAUGAAUAACUUGAGCGCAGAUGAUAAGAAGAAAUGUGCCAAGAUCGUAAAUGAGUUUCAUAAUUCGAAUAAUACAUUACAAAAGGAAUCUUUAAUAUUUGCUUGUUUUGAUCAAAUGUACUUAUUAUUUAAUUCACCACAACAGCAACAACAAAACGAUUUACGAUAUAUUUAUGUUAGUAUGUCCUACUUGGCCAAAAAGAAUGUAGAAGUUUUUGACACAAUUAAUAUCAAACAAAAAUUAUUAUCUUAUUUAUUCUUAACAAACAAACAUUUCGGAACUGGAGCACCACCAAGUGGAACUGGAAAUCCACAGGGUGGUACAGGUGGACCAAAUCAACCAAAUGUAGGAGCUUCAGGACCAAAUGCACAAACUAGUGUUGUGAAAAAAGGCACUUAUUUCUGUCUUAUUUGUUGCGACAUUUUAUUUAAAUUGUCUAAUGGAUUAUUAAAUGGAAGUGAAAUGUUACAACAAGGAGAUGUAACAAGUUUAUUAUCUGGGGAGGAUAUUUCAUCAAAUUCACCAAGCUCAUCUAGUGAAGAAUGGAAUUGGGAAUUCAUUUGUGCACUGUUUAAUGAUUCUCUUGAGGAUCGUAUUUGGUGUGAACAUGAAUAUGCCAAAGAGUUUGUGGAUAAUAUUUUGAGUGGAAUUAGGGAUCCAGAAACGACUACAGUUGUCAACGAUACCGAGUAUGCUAAUAUUCCUUCUAGAUAUAAUGAAUAUUCAACCCUAACUAAAGUUAAAGAAAUAGUUAUUUCAAUAUUGGAUCAAUUUAGAGGAAACACGAAGAAAAGACUUGAAAAUAUUAUCAGAUUUUGUACGUAUUGUGUAAAAGUCAGAGAAGUUAGAAGUUUUGCAGCUAAGAAUAUGGAAUCAUGGCUCGGAAAUACCAAUUUACAAAUUGUUAAAUAUGCUAAGGAUUUAUUAACGAGAAUGUCUUUUUAUAUUAGAGAGGACCAACCAGAUAUGUUCCAAGAGGGAGAUAGAGUUGCAUUUGAUUACAUUGUAAAUAUGAAGUUAAAGCCAAAUAAUAUUCAAACACAAGUCGAUGCAGUGGCAAAUAUUGUAAAAAAUAAUGUUGCAUUUCCAGUUAUUGCUUUGAGAAAGUUUUUGCUUAUGGAAGCACCUCCACACCAUAAGAGUGGAAAUACAUUCAAAAACCUAUUGACUAUAUUUAAAGCUAUUCCAUCAUACAGAGAAAGACAUUUGGGUUAUACCCUUCAGGAAAUGGUUGCUUCAGGUGAUGCAGAAUAUUUCAAGACUUUUAAAAUGUUAACAAGAAAGAUAAUUAAGAGUUCAUAUUAUCCUCCUUCACAAAGUGCUUCUUCAGCAGCCAAUGCUACAACAGGACAAUUCGAUUUUGUGGAUUUAUGCUCCAGUUUGUUUGUUGAAAGAGAACAAAUGAAGCAACAAAAUCUUCAGACGAGAAAAAGAUGGAUCACUAACCUAUUCGAGCUGGUUAGAAUGAUUAUUUUAAGUAUUAUUAUUUCUCAUAACCAAAAAGAAGUAGAAGAUCAAGAAUUAAGAUUCAAAGUUUCUCUUAUCCAAAACGACGCUAUUGCAUGGUGUAGAGGAAAAUUACCGGUAUAUUUGGGUACGGAUAAGGAUGAGUUGAACUCGUUCUUACAAAAAUUCUUGUUUUUCGAUAUUCAACAACUUUCUGAUAAUAAUUUUAUGCAAGCUGUAUUGGGUGAACUGCCCCCAAAUCCACCAGUAGCAUUCGAGCAAAUAAGAUAUUGGUUGGAGGAAUUACCAUGUGAGCAGGCUUCCCUUCUCAAUAUCCAAGAAAUGGCUCUUGUUGAUCAAAACUUGAAAUAUGCUGAUGCUUUGUUUUUACUUCAAACUCAAGUUUUAAAAUCCGCUAAAUUCAGAUAUAGAAUGGUGGCCACUAGGCAAUUUUUACAAACGAACAACAAACCUUUACCUCAAGUAUUGAAUAGACCUUCAUUAUACGUUAGUUCUGUAGAUAUUAUUAGAAAUAUGCUAGAGUUGUGUAAAUAUAAUUCAAAUAUUCAACCACUUGAUGAAAAGUUCACUGAUGAAAUAGUUUUAAGACAAUGGUAUUGGAACUCUGUUCUUGUAUCUGUUAUUAUUAUUUCAAUGAAUCCUCAAACACUAUGUGAACCCAUAAUGAGCACUUUCCCAACAUUUAGAAACAUUAUUGAAUAUCUUAUCAAAAACCAAUUACAGUUUAUGGAAUCUGACAUUGAAAGUGAAUAUUUAGUUAGAGAAGAACGUGACAUUAUUGAGAGAAUAUUUAGAAAAAAUAAUCAACCAUAUGAAAAUAUUAUGGAUACUUUCAUGUUACAUGAAAGGACCCAAGUUGGUAAUGGAGAGAGAAGAGUAAUGCCAAUUGCAAUCCAAAGAGAUUUGAGAAGGUAUGAAGUGGAAUUCCAAUUGGGAAGAUGCCUUAGAGGAUGUAGACAACCUGAUUUACUCAUGCAAAUGAUACAAAAAGAACCUAACGUUUCUAAUGCUAUUGCAUGGAUAGAUUCUAUUAUUCAAAUAUCUCAAGAUGAGGCUCAAGUUACGAUUCAAGUUUUACCUUCAUCCAUUUUAUGUGAAUAUCUUGUGUCUAUUUUGAAACGUAGAAACGACACACAAAACCAAAAUCUUAUUUUCCAAAUUAUUGAAAAGUUAAAGCUUUACUUGAGAGGAAGUGUGCAAGGUGAUGCUGUAAAUGUUUCAACAUUUUUUAUAUCUAGGUUGGCAAACGAAGAUUUUAUGGAAAGAAAGUUAUCACAAUACGCCCUUUGUAAAUUACUAGAUGGAUCGGAAAAUAACGAAUAUGAUUGGGUACUUGAUAUUGACAAACUUCAAUUCGUAGAUACCCAAAUUUUAUGGGAAACCUUCUCCAAGUUAAUAAUGAUAGAAACAGAUAUUAAUUUCCUUACAUCAUUCAUUCAUUUGAUGCAACUCAAGAGACUAGAUUUCAAUUUAUGCCUAGAGGUUUCUAAUAUGCUUACUAAGAGGAGAUAUUUUUCUGAAAAGUUGUUAGUCAAUAAUUUUAGAGAAAUUUCCCUAACUUUGCAAGAGGUAUUUUACAUGUCUUUCGAUAUUCAAACACAAUCAAAUAUUCAGACAUUUGUUGAUCCACAAGAAUUGAUUGUCAUUCAAUCUAUGAAUAGUACACUAACCUCUUCUAUCAAUUUUUUGAAUGGGCUAUUAGCCUUUGUAUCCAUUAUUUAUUCCAUUCCUACAUUAUCAACUACUGAUAAUUUUAUGCAAGUGCUUUCCCUGAUACAAAAAUCUUCCUAUUAUUAUUUUGAAAAUAACCCACAGGACACAAGAUCAUUGGUUUCUAAGGAAUAUGCUCUUAUUUUUGUUGGUUCACAUGCUACUAACCUUGUAGAUAUUGGAGUAUCAAUGUUAAACGUAACUGACAUGUUACUCUUGUUAAAUGGAACUCAUUUCUUGACUGAUUACUCAAUGUGCUCUAUUUAUUCACGUCUUGCUAGUGUAACAGAAUUUUUUUCAUACGCUAAUUCCUUACAACCAAACGAACGUCAAGACAUUCAAAGCUUUUUGAAAAUGUCCAUUCUUCAUGGAAAGAAUCCAGAUUAUGCACAAUUACAACAACUUAUUUUGUACAGUAUUGAAAUCAACAUGAAAGAAGAAUCAGAAUUCAAUGAAAAUAUUUGUUUUGAUGCUUUUGUUAGAACAGAAAAUGUUGAAAACUCAACCCUAAUGACAGAUGAUGAAGAGUUUAUUAUUCAAAGCUAUUCUGAUGAUGCCACUUUCUCUCAUAUGUAUGCCUUUACAGCAAAUAGUUUGGUAGAAUUAUUUGCAUCAAGCAGAUCUAAAAGAGAGGAGGAAAUAAUUUCCAUUCUCAACUUUAUUUCUUUCAUUAAUCAUUCUACAGGUUUAAAUUCCAGAGUUUCAGAUGUGGAAAGAAAUUCAGAGCUUUUAUCAUCACUUGUUAUUGCACUUGGUAAUUAUUACCAAGACAGCACAUUCUUCGAUGAAUUCCAUAAUGGUUUUGGGCUUUAUUGUUUAAUUAACAUUUCCUUACAUACAAAUUUAUUGAAUGAACCUGCAAGUGAAUGGUUUAAUUACUUGGUCAAGGCAUUUUAUUGUGUCAAUAAUCAGACAUACUCUUUACAUUUGGGAAAUUCAAUUUUAUCUUCUUUUGUAGAACAUUUAGAUAAUACAUUGCAACUAGAGACACCAAAUAUUACAAGUAUUGCAGAAGACAAGGAUCUAUCUCUCUAUCAAUACAGUAUUGAAAUGAAAUCAUACGAUGGAGAAGUACAAUUGAAACAAGAUUUUGAGUCACUUUCUCCGUUAUUGGUGAAAUUAAUUGGUUCCGGUUCGAGUAUUUCUGAAUAUAUUGUGAAAUGGAUUGUUGAAAAUUCAACCUCCAACGAUUUGUCCAUGCUUUCUAAACUUUUUUCAUUAAUGCAACCUAAUGAUCUGCAGGCAACUCUCUUGAGUGGUUUAUUUUUGGACUCUAUUUCCCAAAAUGAUCCAUCCAGCUACUCAAAGACAACACAAAAUGCAUUAUUUGUCUCAAAUCCAGAAUUUGAUUCGAUUAGACCUUAUGUUUCCACAUUUUUAAUGACAUCAAUGAUUCAUUCAAGUAGUAGACAAGAGUUGACUGUACAUUUAAAUGAAAUUUACAAGGUUUCAGAGAAAGAUCUUCUCGUCAAGUCAACACUUAGAUUCAUUCAAGUUUAUAAGGCCAUGACAAAUAUUGAUGAUAUUUAUACAAAUAGUAGAUUGAAAUUGCCAAUAACCUUAAAGUCAGAUAUUUGCUUAUUUGUGACAUCAUGUAUUCUUUCUCUGUUGAAGGAAAAUAUGAAUGGAAGCUAUGAUACAACUCUAUUGACAAUGUUGAGCGAAUAUCCUUAUUCAGAUUACUUGAGUUUAUUAGUAGAUAUCAUGUCUCAAAGUGAAAAGAAUUUACAAGUUACAGUCAAAUUUUUGAUGAAUCAACUUGAUGAUGAAAAGAGUCAAACUUUGCUAAGAUGGAUUUAUUGCUGUUUCCCAACUCAGCUUUCUAAUGAAUUACAAAAAUUGGAUAACUUGAACGAGUUACUAACUCCAAUAGUUUCAAAUGAGUCACUUUGCAAGAAUAUGACAACUAGUUUGGAUGCCAUGCUUCAUCGUUUGGGACAUUUGUUAUCCUACUAUUCAUAUACCGAUAAUGUUGAAAUUUCUAACUUUGCAUUCUCAAUGUUUAGACAAAUAGCUUUCUUGUAUCCUUACCUGGUUAUCAGAUACUUGGAUAAUAUUUUAGCCCUCAUUGAAACUAACUUUAGUUCUAGCAAAACUUCAACUGAGGAGUUGAGACCAAUUCUUAGAAUCAGUACUCAAAUUCUUGCCAUUUUGGAUGCUCUUAGACCUCAUCUAUUCAAUUUCAAGGAUAUCUUGAUCCAGAUCUUGGAAACCUACUUUACUAUUCUGAAUCAAUCCUCUAUGAUUGUUAAUAGCGAUCAACAUUUAUUUGUAGAAUUUGUUUCCAAGUUUAUGGAUUUUGUUUGCAAUUACAUAUUAUUUGAAGGUUACAAGUCUAACAUGGAUACACUCAACUUCCUUGCUAACCAAAAGGAUUUAAUAAUCAAGAUUCAAGAAAUUUUCCCUGAAAUACCUAAAAUCAAAUAUUUAUUGAAUAUUCUACAUCAACUUGAUAACAUUCAAGAAGAAAAUGCCUUUUUACUUAUUAACAAGAAGCAAUUCACAUUAUUGCCAGUUACUGAGGAAGAAAUAUUCCAAUUCCGAAUCAGAUUGAAUUAUAAUCAAUUCUUAACUUUACAAGACUCUACUGUCAAUUCCACAUUUGCCUCACAUUUAACAACAAAUCUUAAUCAUAGAAAUGUGCAUCAUUUGAAUGGAGGUAGUAAUGGAACACUAAAUGGUUCUUCUUCAGCAAUUGUUGUAUCAUCAUCAUCUAUGGCCAAAGAAUAUUCUUCCAAAUUACAUUAUAAUAGUUCUCAGUUAAAGUCAAAUAAUAGAAUGUUAAUGGAUACAUUGACAGAUAUUGAUUCAAUUUCACAAUAUGAACCAGGUAUUCUAGUUCAUUUCAUUCCUCAAUUAUUAGAUUUAUUAAUUGUGAAGAGUAAUAGACAAGUUAUGGAAAUUAGUUAUCAAUUAUUAAUAAGAUGUUUACAACAUGAUUCUAAACAACAUGUUACAAUCAUUCCAUUCUAUCUUGAUUGUCUUGUUCAUGAGAAUACCAAUGUUAAAGAUAUUGCUAUCAAGUAUGCUUAUGAUUUAUUCCCAUUCUGUAAUACAAAUGAAUCCAAGCAAAUUUUAUUAGAGAGAUUAUUUAUCAUUGCUGAGAAGGAACCUCCACGUGUUUUACAUGCCAAUCUUAAUCCAACCAUUUCUCAAAAUGCCAUGAGAACUCUUACCAAGAUUAUUGAUAUGUUAAUUAAAAUAAAUUAA